GAUAGAGGUCAAAAAAAAAGGAUUUUUACAUUUCCCUCAUGCCUCAACCACGCAAACACCCCCCACUCGGCCACUCCACUCCACACUGUCUGAUUUCCUUUUCCUCCACUAACACUAUUUAAACUGUGCCAUAUACGUCUGUUGCCAUAAACUCUUUUUCCUUGUAAUGUCUUAACUUUAGAUAAAAAGAAAAAAAUGGAGAACUCUCACCAACAAACUAGCCAAAUCAAAGUAAUUUCAGAAUGUUUUAUUAAACCCAAACAUGAAGUUGAACCUUCAAAACAACCAUACUACUUAGCUCCAGUUGAUCUUAUGUUCUUAUCUUUAGACCCUAUGCAAAAAGGUUUACUUUUCCAUGCAAAACCUAAAAACAUCCUUAAUUUCCUACACAAACUUAAAAACUCUUUGUCACUCUCUCUUGUACAUUUCUUCCCUUUAGCUGGAAAACUUGUUACCCAAAAGUUCCAUGAUGAACAUGCUAGUUGGGUCUACGUUGAUUGCAUUAAUGGAGAUGGAGCUCGCCUCAUCCAUGCUACUGUAGACCUUAUACUUGCUGAUCUUCUCUCGUCGGCUGACGUCCAUCCGAUCGUAUCAUCUUUCUUUGAUCUUGGUGAAAGAACAGUUAAUCAUGAUGGCCAUAGUAGGGCACUUUUAUCCGUCCAAGUGACUGAGCUUCUUGAUGGUGUCUUCAUCGGAUUUACGAUGAACCAUUCUGUAGCAGAUGGUACGUCUUUGUGGCAUUUUAUCUCAACCUUGUCUGAGGUUUUUCUACAGUUGAAGGAUGGAGAUCAAGACAAGAGCUUCACACCGGACGAAUCUAUAUCUGAUUCGUCCAUGAAUGUCAAAAUCUCUAGAAAGCCAAUAUACAAGCCUUUUUUUCCAGAAGGAUACGGUCCAAUCCUCAAGCUGCCUUACCUUGAACCGGAAGAGUUUGUAGCUAGGUUCGACCCUGGACGACUAAGAGAAAGAAUAUUCCAUUUCACACCAAAGGCAAUUUCAAUGCUAAAGGCUAAAGCUAAUGAAGAAUGCAAUAUUCAUGAUAAUAUAUCAAUAUCAUCCUUUCAAGCAUUAUCAGCGUUUCUAUGGAGGUCCAUCACACGUGCCCGAAAUUUACAGCCCGAUUUUGAGACCAAUUGUUCUUUGACCAUAAAUUGGCGGGCCCGAGUUAGCCCAACAUUUUCCGAAGACUGCUUUGGAAAUUAUCUAGUUGGGGCCCAAGGUACUUGCAAAGUGGGCGAGCUUUUGGGCCGUGGUUUAGGUUGGGCUGCAUUAUUGGUUCAUCAACGUGUCAAUGCUCAAAAUGAAGGUGAAAUCAGAGAGUUUUUAAACAAUUGGGCCAAGGCUCCUUUUGUGGCCCAAACAGGUUCAACUGCAGCGUACUAUAAGCCCAAUAGUGUGUUGAUAGCUGGUUCCGCAAGAUUUGAUAUGUAUGGGCCUGAAUUUGGCCUUGGUAAAGCGGUGGCGAUAUUAGCAGGGUAUGCUAAUAAGGAUGAUGGAAAGGUGACAGCUAACCCUGGACGUGAAGGAGGGGGGAGUGUAGAUUUAGAGGUUUGUCUUAAACCUGAGAUAAUGGAGAGACUAGAAUAUGAUGAGGAAUUUAUGAGUUUCGCCUCAUGAAAAAAAAUGUUUCAACAAUGUAAUCCAAUCCCUUUGAUUUAGAAACAAGUAGCAAUUAUGUUUCUAACAAUGUACUCUUUGUUUAAGGUGUUCAUAUUCUAAACAACUGAAUUGGAGUUGGAUGUUUGGAUUUUAAUUUCUAGAAUUGAAAUUAUUGAGAUCCCGCAUACAUUUCACAUGUGAUUGUAAAUGGUGUUUUUAAUUGAAUUUGAAAAAUGAGGAGAGAUAUAAUUAAUUUAAUAAGCUUGAGGAUUGGAGCUAUUACUCAUAUCA